AUGCUGGCCGCGCAGCAACCUCAGCCCCGCAGUGCUGAGAAGGGAAGGGACGAAUACUCUGAGGGCGGAGUCCGGGGCGCCCCGGGGAAAGACCCCCCCCACCCCACCCCCAAACCCCGGGUCUGUUUCCAGAGCCCCGUUCGGGCACCCGCGCCGAGGGCCGAGCGGACGGAGGCGCGAGCGGCCCCAGCAGGUGCAUCGCGGGCGCGCGCGGCGGGGGCGCGCGCGACCUUGGCGCAGCACCUGCCGCAGCGGCUCGGGGGUCGCGCGGACGCUGGCGACACCUGCCCGCCCGCGAACAGAGCGGCGCUGGCGGCUGGCGUCCCUGCCUGGCGCCUCGUAGCCGUAACCCCCGGGUUUCAGGGCGAAGCCGCGUCCUUCGGGGACACCCAGACUCGGCCCCGCCCCGCCCGCUUUCCGGGGCCGCAGAGGGGGGCGGGCGGCGGCAGCGCAGGUAAGGUGCCCCCGCGCCGCGACCCGGGCACCCGGGCAGGUGAAGGCGCCGAAGCCGCGGCGCGAAGGCCCAUCCAGGCGGAGUUAGUUGCUGCUGUUCGUCUUUGCGGGACGCCCAGCCCUUCGCAGACACGAGGUGCGGGAGCGCUGGCCGAGCUCACGCCGCCUUUGGCCGGAGAGGAGUGUCCUGGGCCCGUCAGCCGGCUCUGGCUCCGACACGACAACUUUCCGUCGCCGAGAAAUGAAGAAGGUCAGAGCGUCUUGCAAGGUCAGAGACAGGAGCCCAGGGCAGACGAGCGAAUUCCCAGGACUCGGCCUCGGAUUUCCUGCCUGGUGUCUGCGAAGCAGCUGGGGCCUGGCGCCUCCGCUUCCCUGUCCCUCAGGCGCGGAGGUGACCCCCUUCUCCGUGGCCUUCAGAUUGAACAGCAAAUCCCCCACCAACACCGGUACUGGGUGAACGACCGACACUGGGCCGGCCGGCACGCACCGGUGUUCCUGCAUCUGGGGGGCGAGAGCAGCCUCGGGCCUGGCUCAGCGAGCAGAGGGCACCCUGCAGCCCUGGCCCCAGCCUGGGGGGCCCUGGUGAUAGGCCUGGAGCACAGGUUUUAUGGCCUGAGUAUGCCUGCAGGGGGCCUGGACAUGGCCCAGCUCCGCUUCCUGUCCAGCCGCCACGCGCUGGCUGACGUGGCCUCCGCCCGCCUCGCACUUGGCCGCCUCUUCAACGUCUCCUCCUCCAGCCUCUGGAUCUGCUUCGGAGGCUCCUACGCCGGCUCCCUGGCUGCCUGGGCCCGGCUCAAGUUCCCCCACCUCAUUUUCGCCUCUGUCGCCUCCUCCGCUCCGGUGCGGGCGGUGCUGGAUUUCUCCGAGUAUAACCAGGUGGUGUCCCGAAGCCUGACGAGCGCGGCUGUCGGAGGCUCCCCGGAGUGCCGGGCGGCGGCGGCCGCGGCCUUCGCGGACGUGGAGCGGCGGCUGCGCGCGGGCGGGGCGGCGCGCGCGGCGCUACGGGCGGAGCUGGGCGCCUGCGCGCCGCUGGGCCGCGCCGAGGACCGGGCGGAGCUGCUGGGGGCGCUGCAGGCGGUGGUGGGCGGCGCCGUGCAGUACGACGCGCAGGCGGGGGCGCCGCUGAGCGUGCGGCGGCUGUGCGGGCUCCUCUUGCAAGACGCGGGCAACCGCAGCCACUCCGCGCCCUACCGCGGGCUCCGGCGGGCAGCGCAGGUCGUCAUGCACAGCCUGGGCCAGAGAUGUCUAAGCUUUUCCCGAGCAGAAACAGUGGCACAGCUGAAGGUCACGGAGUCCCAAGUGUCCGGUGUGGGCGACCGCCAGUGGCUGUACCAGACUUGUACUGAGUUCGGCUUCUAUGUCACCUGUGAGGACCCCAGCUGCCCGUUCUCCCAGCUCCCAACGCUGCCCUCCCAGCUCGAGCUCUGUGAGCAGGUGUUCGGGCUCUCCAGCUCCUCCGUAGCCCAGGCCGUGGCCCAGACCAACUCCUACUACGGCGGCCAGACCCCAGGGGCCACCCGCGUCCUGUUCGUUAAUGGGGACACGGACCCCUGGCACGCACUAAGCGUGACAGCAGCCUCGGGGCCCUCGGAGUCCUCGGAGUCCGCCCUCCUCAUCCCGGGUGCUUCCCACUGCGUGGACAUGGCACCCGAGACGUCGUCGGACUCCUCCAACCUCCGCCUGGGGCGCCAGAGCAUCGUCAGGCGGCUGCAGACCUGGCUCGGGCUGGCACAGCGGAGCCAGACGACGGGCGGGAGCUGAGGGCCCGGACCCUCGCCACUGCCACUCCGCGCACGUGGCCACCUUGUUCCCUGGACGGGAGAACGGAGCUUGUUUCGAAAGAGGAAAUUCCCAGGAAUCUGGUCUGCACACAACCGACUUGUUGCUGCCAACCUCGUCACUCCUGAGAGCGACCAGCAGUAUAAGAGGAGGAGUAUUCUCACUGUGAAUAUUGGUAUUUCAUUUUAUUUUGCAGGGAGCAUUUUAUUAACUGUUUCUUGGUUAUCUUUUUUUAUUGUUUAAAGUAUCUUGCAGUAAAGCCUCUUCGUGAAAUA